CGGGUUUUCUCCUCACAGUGUAACAGGUUUUGUGUUAACCGGUCUCUUCAAGAGCAGUCUCCAGCCGUCUCCGAAGUCGGGAAUCUUUGUCUUUAUUAUCCAGGCGUCCCUUCGUCAACAGUCUCCGGCCAUCGGUGCCCCAACUUCCUGUUCGCCCAGUUUCAUGUCCGGUCCUCGCUCUGUCCCCAAAAUCCGUUCCCGGCCUUGCUUCAGUCCGUCGUCUAUCCCGUUCAUUCUGUCGUCGAUCCCUACUCUCUCCUCGGCGGCGUUCAAGUGCUACACGAUAUGCCAAAAUCCAAGAUCUGUAAGAACAAACUUGUUAUCGGCCCGCUACAUCCGUUGCUUGCCAUCGAAAAGAAACGCGACGGAAUUUUCAACGUGACGGAGGAACCUGUGGAUUGAGCAGCUGGUUGAUUGAG